GCGGACCCGGCAGGGCGGGCGGGCCGGCGGGCGGACAGUCGAGAGGACCGGCGCGGCGGGAGGCUGGCAGAAGGAGGAGACCGGGCGCUGGGGAUGUGACUCCGAGGCCGGCCCGGACUCGCGCGCACCCGCCCGGCGGACCCGGGCAUCCGCAGGACCUGCUCCUGGAGACCCGGCCCUCGGCACCGCCUGGCCAUGGCGCUGUGCUUGAAACAGGUGUUCGCCAAAGACAAGACGUUCAGGCCGCGGAAGCGCUUCGAGCCUGGCACGCAGCGCUUUGAGCUGUACAAGAAGGCGCAGGCGUCGCUCAAGUCCGGCCUGGACCUGCGCAGUGUGGUGAGGCUGCCGCCCGGCGAGAACAUCGACGACUGGAUCGCCGUGCACGUGGUGGACUUCUUCAACCGCAUCAACCUCAUCUACGGCACGAUGGCCGAGCGCUGCAGCGAGACCAGCUGUCCGGUCAUGGCCGGCGGGCCGCGCUACGAGUACCGCUGGCAGGACGAGCGCCAGUACCGGCGGCCCGCCAAGCUCUCGGCGCCGCGCUACAUGGCCUUGCUCAUGGACUGGAUCGAGGGCCUCAUCAACGACGAGGAUGUCUUUCCCACCCGAGUGGGAGUUCCCUUCCCCAAGAACUUCCAGCAGGUCUGCACCAAGAUCCUGACCCGCCUCUUCCGCGUCUUUGUGCACGUGUACAUCCACCACUUCGACAGCAUCCUCAGCAUGGGGGCCGAGGCGCACGUCAACACCUGCUACAAGCACUUCUACUACUUCAUCCGAGAGUUCAGCCUCGUGGACCAGCGGGAGCUGGAGCCCCUGGAAGGUCUGAUUAGAGACAGCCUCCUGGGCCUUGGGGGUGAUCCCUCAUGUCCACAAAGGUUCCUGGUCCUUAAUUCAGGAAUCACACACUCCAGCCUAACUCCCUGAAUCUCCAGAUGUGGUUGUGAGGAUCUGAAGCCCAGCGCAAGAUAAUCCUCCAACCCACGGAGUUCGUGAACUUGAACUGGGAAACUCCAGAGCCUUGUCACCUGUCUGGGACACUGAGGACCAUGUAGCUGUGAAUGGACUCUUCCAGGCUUGGAAAGCCCCCAGCCUGCAAAGCUCUGCCUCCUUCCCAACAAUCCUUAAGACGUUCCAGCUG